GCGAAAUAAGAGAGGCAGAUCAUUGUUCCCUUUGAAGCUUUAGUUUUGCUUUCUCAUUUUUAGUUCUAUUUUCCUCUUCCGUACGGAAAACAUUUAGUCAACCGAACGAAAACCGUACGGUCCUGUAAUGCUGGCAAGAAUUUGAUAAAAACGUUGGAAGUUUGCUGAGCAUUUGAUCUUGAAGAAUGGCGAGCGUUUCGUCUGAGGAAGGUUUCGAUCAAAUAAGCGAGCAGUUCGAGAGUUACAGUUUGAGCGCCGACGUCAGCGAAUCGGAGAGCUCGAGCGGGUUUUCUUCGUGUCGUCAUUUUGACCAAGAAGGCGGUUCGACUUCUUUGACCACUUCGUCGCUCGCAGGACCGGAGUUCGUUGAUGGUUCUAGUUUUACUGCGCGCGUUCCCGUGAUGUUACCGGUUGUCGGUGGUAGACACGUGGUCAUUCCUGCGAAGAAGGCGGAGGUACCCGAGGCCGACACGUCCGAAGUAGAAAAAAUUAAGGAAAGGUUUGCUAAGCUUUUGCUUGGAGAAGAUAUGUCAGGUGGAAGGAAAGGAGUUUGUACUGCCCUUGCCAUCUCAAAUGCCAUUACAAAUCUUUCUGCCUCUGUGUUCGGGGAACUAUGGAAGUUAGAGCCACUAUCACCGCAAAGGAAGUUGAUGUGGCGUAGAGAGAUGAACUGGCUUCUGUGUGUAAGUGAUUACAUAGUGGAGCUUAAACCAUCAUUGCAGGAGUUUCCUGCUGGGGGAACCUUUGAAGUUAUGGUGGCCCGGCCACGCUCAGAUCUAUACGUAAACCUUCCAGCGCUCAAGAAACUUGAUGCAAUGCUGCUUAGCAUUCUUGAUGGCUUUCAUGAUUCUGAGUUUCAUUAUGCUGAUCGUGGGAUAGUCAUUGCUGAUACGGAUGAAAUUGAAGCAUUUCCUUCAUCUUUGUCAUCUGGGAGGCCUUCUGUUAGACAGGAAGAGAAGUGUUGGCUCCCAUUUCCUAAGGUUCCCCCUACUGGUUUAUCUGAAGAUACAAGGAAGAGAUUGCAGCAGUGUAGGGAAUGUACAAACCAGAUCCUUAAGGCUGCUAUGGCAAUAAACAGCAGCGCGUUGGCUGAGAUGGAAAUCCCAAGUGCUUACCUGGACAGCCUGCCCAAGUGUGGGAAAGAUUGUUUGGGGGAGGUCAUGUAUCGUUACUUAACUGCUGACCGGUUCUCCCCUGAGUGUCUUCUUGAUUACUUAGACCUGUCGUCAGAGUACACUACUCUGGAAAUAGCCAAUAGGAUUGAGGCUUCUGUACACAUUUGGAAACAGAAAUACUUAAAAAGGCGUUCACUUCGUGCAAAGGUUGGAAAGGCAUCAUGGGGUGGAAAGGUCAAGGGCUUUGUUGUUGACAUAGAAAAGAGUAAGGUUCUAACUCAGCGGGCAGAGACCUCCUUACAGAACUUAAGGCUACGGUUUCCAGGCCUUCCACAGACUUCUUUGGACAUGAGCAAGAUACAAUAUAACAAGGAUGUAGGACAAUCAAUUCUUGAGAGCUACUCUAGAGUCAUUGAAAGCCUAGCUUUCAACAUAACGGCAAGGAUUGAUGAUCUGCUAUAUGUGGACGAUGCCACAAAACAACGUGCAGCAGCAGAGUCAAUGUCUCUGUAUGACCAGGGGCGAUUUGUUGGUGCUCUUCCGACACAAAGGCGGGUAUAACCCAGUCCUUUCUUAUUUGAACAUGCUCCUUCUGGGACUCCAUGCGCGAUGAGAGCAUCCUACACUUCAGAUGACAUAGGUGAAAGCCCUGAUAGGAGGAUUUACCGCCCUUUACAUAAUGGCAAUCUUAGAUACCCUCUGGAUGGCUCACUAGAAAGGCUAGCGUUUUGACAAGCGGAAGGAAUGUCCUCCUGCAUCACCAACCUGAAAACCUCACAAGACUCUGGUAGUACUUCUGGAUUAAGAUUGAGAUAGCUGAUUCCAUCGCAUACAGCUGAAAGCUGAUUUGUGGUUCUGGCGGGCAACGGACACAAUCAGAUUGAAUCUUGUGUAAAUUCCUUAUGAUUAGACACACAAAGUAGAGAUUUUUCAUUUGGUUAGCUGGAUUUCUUUAAAGAGUUACCUCUGUUUCAGCAACUAUUAGUAUUUCUUUUC